CGUCCUACAGGCCACAGUACCCCAAAUCCUCACGUAACAAAUCCCAGCAUAGCUCCGAAGGAUAAAAUUUAUUAACGGGUCUUUGCAAUUAUUGUUGUUACUAAUAUUAUCCUGCAUUCCUACUCUCUCUAUAUAACGAAGAGGAAGGAGAAAGAACAAGAGGGCGGAGAUUGAAGAAUGGCCCAGAAUCCUUCAGAAAACGGAAUGGAAGGUGACGAUGAAAGAGAAGAAGAAGAAGAAGAAGACGAAGAUGAAGAAGAAGCAGCUGAUGAAGGAGAAGAAGAAGAAGAAGAAGAGGAAGACGAGCCGAGGCUAAAGUACCAGAGGAUGGGAGGGAGCAUCUCUUCGCUUCUCUCCAACGAUGCCGCUUCUUGUAUCGCUGUUUCCGAGCGGAUGAUUGCUCUUGGCACCCACGACGGCACCGUUCACAUCCUCGAUUUACUCGGUAAUCAGGUUAAGGAAUUUUCUGCUCACACUGCUACUGUCAAUGACCUUAGCUUUGACAUAGAAGGUGAAAAUGUAGGAAGCUGUUCAGAUGACGGAUUUGUUGUGAUAAACAGCCUUUUCACUGAUGAGAGCAUGAAAUUCGAUUAUCGUCGUCCUAUGAAGACCAUUGCUCUAGAUCCACUUUAUUCAAGAAAUUCUUCUCGAAGAUUUGUUACUGGUGGUUUAGCGGGUCAUCUGUAUCUAAACUCAAAAAAAUGGAUAGGCUACCGUGACCAGGUUCUGCACUCUGGUGAAGGUCCAGUACAUGCAGUGAAGUGGAGAACAAGUCUUAUUGCUUGGGCUAAUGAUGCAGGUGUGAAAGUUUAUGACACUGCCAAUAGUCAGCGACUUGCAUUUAUUGAGAGACCACAAGGAAGCCCACGUCCUGAGCUCUUGCUCCCUCACUUGGUUUGGCAGGAUGAUACUCUCUUGGUUAUUGGCUGGGGAACAUCUGUAAAAAUUGCUGCGAUCAGAGCAAACCAAUAUAAUGGAACCAAUGGGAUACAAAGGCCUAUAUCCAUAUCCAGUACAAAGCAUGUGGAUAUUGUGGCAUCUUUUCAAACAAGCUAUUUCAUUUCAGGAAUUGCUCCCUAUGGUGAUGCCUUGGUUGUUCUUGCUUAUAUUCCUGAGAAAGAGGAUGGAGAGAAGGAAUUAAGCAGUUCAGUUCCAUCACGCCAGGGAACUGCACAGAGGCCAGAAGUACGCAUAGUCACAUGGAAAAAUGAUGAACUUGCAACAGAUGCUCUUCCUGUGCAUGGCUUUGAACAUUACAAGGCAAAGGAUUAUUCCCUUGCUCAUGCUCCUUUCUCAGGUAGCAGCUAUGCAGGUGGUCAAUGGGCUGCUGGUGAUGAGCCAUUAUACUACAUUGUAUCUCCAAAGGAUGUAGUUAUUGCAAAGCCUAGGGAUGCUGAAGAUCAUAUAUCUUGGCUUCUUCAACAUGGAUGGCAUGAAAAAGCAUUAGCUGCUGUUGAAGCAGGAGAGGGACGGAAUGAGCUUCUUGAUGAGGUGGGUUUGCGAUAUCUUGAUCAUCUGAUUUUGGAUAGGAAAUAUGCUGAAGCUGCGUCUCUAUGUCCCAAGUUAUUACGUGGAUCUGCUUCUGCAUGGGAGAGAUGGGUUUUCCACUUUGCUCAUCUCCGCCAGCUUCCGGUGUUGGUUCCAUACAUACCAACAGAAAACCCCAGGUUGCGUGAUACUGCUUAUGAGGUGGCUCUUGUAGCCCUAGCAACAAAUCCAUCUUUCCACAAGGAUCUCCUAUCAACUGUUAAAUCCUGGCCACCAGCAAUAUAUUCUGCUUUGCCUGUGAUAUCAGCAAUAGAACCUCAGUUUAAUACUUCGUCUAUGACCGACUCACUCAAAGAGGCAUUAGCUGAGUUGUACGUAAUCAAUGCACAAUAUGAGAGAGCACUAGCAUUGUAUGCCGAUAUUAUGAAGCCUGAAAUAUUCGACUUCAUCGAAAAACAUAAUUUACAUGAUGCCAUUCAUGACAAGGUUGUUCAACUGAUGGUAUUGGACUGCAAACGUGCAGUCUCUUUACUGAUCCAACACAGGGACAUGAUUACUCCAUCUGAAGUAGUUUCACAAAUCUUGGAUGCCAAUGAUAAGUGUGAUUCAAGAUAUUUCUUGCACUCGUAUCUGCAUUCACUUUUUGAAACUGAUCCACAUGCUGGGAAGGACUUCCAUGACAUGCAGGUAGAGCUCUAUGCAGAUUAUGAUCCAAAGAUGCUGCUUCCUUUUCUUCGUAGUAGUCAGCAUUACACACUUGAAAAGGCAUAUGACAUUUGUGUCAAAAGAGAUCUUCUGAGAGAGCAGGUGUUCAUCCUUGGGAGGAUGGGAAAUUCAAAGCAGGCCCUUGCUGUUAUCAUAAAUAAAUUGGAGGAUAUAGAAGAGGCUAUUGAAUUUGUGGCCAUGCAGCAUGACGAUGAACUUUGGGAAGAACUAAUUAAACAGUGUCUCCACAAACCUGAAAUGGUGGGUGUGUUGUUGGAACACACUGUUGGCAAUCUUGAUCCACUUUAUAUUGUAAAAAUGGUGCCCAAUGGUUUGACGAUACCCCGGCUUAGGGAUCGAUUGGUCAAGAUUAUCACGGAUUACAGGACUGAGACAUCUUUAAGACAUGGAUGUAACGAUAUCCUCAAGGCAGACUGUGUCAACUUGUUGGUUAAAUAUUACAAGGAAGCCCGGCAUGCAGUUUACUUGGAUACUGGAGAAGAGGAAACUCGAGCGAAAAGGGAUGAUAAUAGAGCAGCUCAGGCAAAUGCUAAAGUAGCUGGUAUGGGAACAAUGGAGCUCAAGUCGAAAACUAGGGGUGGUGGAAGGUGUUGUGUGUGCUUCGAUCCCUUCUCUAUUCAGAAUGUCUCAGUCAUUGCAUUCUUCUGCUGUCAUGCCUACCAUAUUACCUGUCUCAUGGAUUCCACAAAUUCCACCGGUCGUAAGAGUGGGGCCCAAGGAAAUUUUCAAGAAUCUGUAUCAAAUCAUGAUUAUGAUUAUGAUGAUGAUAACGAUGAUACCCAGUCGGGUGCAUCUCGCAUGCGUUGUAUCUUAUGUACGACAGCUGCAGGGUCACAUUUGUAAUUUUCAUUUUUUUGGGGGGGGGGGUUGUUUGGGUUGGGAAUUGGGUUUGAUAGGUGUGCCAUUCAUCUCAAAUGUGUUUUCUUGCCUGAAAGGGUGUUAAAUUUUUUGUAUUCUAGUUGUUGAUAUAUAUUUGUCGAGGCUUUUCUUUUUGCAA